CUCUCGAGUUUCAGCGACAAUACAUACAUUAUCCAGUAAUCUCCACUCCAAAUAAAGAAGCUCGCAUGGAUUUGGAUCGAAAAUUUUAAGCUUCUAAAAACGGGGAAGGGAAAAUUAACAAAAAAAAAGAAGUAUGGAGCUUGAUUACAAUCCGAGUUACAAAACCAUAAUCAAGAAGAAUAAAUGGGUUUCCACGGCGGCCAGCAUCUGGAUUCAAUCCACCAGUGGCUCAGCGUACACCUUCGCCAUCUACUCUCAAGUCUUGAAAACUAGUCAAGGCUAUAAUCAGUCGACCCUCGACACCAUUUCUGUUUUCAAGGAUUUUGGUGCCAACGUCGGGGUGCUCUCCGGCCUCCUAUACUCCGCCGUUACCAACCCCCGCCGCAGCAGCAGAAUUGGGGGGCCCUGGGUGGUUUUGGCAGCUGGGGCGGCCCUUGUAUUUGUGGGCUACUUCUUCAUGUGGAUGAGUGUUGUGGGGAAUCUGCCGAGGCCGCCGGUGCUGCUCAUGGGCUUGUACAUGUUGUUAGCUUCUAACGCAACGACGUGUUUUAAUACGGCUAAUGUGGUUACUGCUGUUCAUAAUUUUCCUGAUUAUAAAGGGACUGUUGUUGGCAUCAUGAAGGGCUUUCUUGGCUUGAGCGGUGCAAUAUUGAUUCAGGUGUACCAUACAAUUCUCAACAAGAAGCCAACCACAUAUAUUUUGAUGUUGGCACUCUUGCCCUCCAUAACUGCCCUUCUGCUAAUGUGGUUUGUAAGAAUCACUCCAACUAAUGAAGUAGGCGAAAAGAAAUACCUUAAUGUUUUCUCGUUGGCUGCUGUAGUUCUUGCUGGUUAUCUAAUGGCAGUAAUAGUCCUAGAGAAUGUCCUUACAUUUCGUUCAUCAGUACGAAUUUCUACUUUUGUCAUACUUAUUUUGUUGCUAGUGCCACCUAUAUACAUAGCAAUUAAAGCCGAAAAGGAGAAGGCAAGGAGGAUUAUAAGAUCCUUGCUUGAGCAGAACCAAUUGGUUUAUGAUGGAAACCAGUUGGGCAACAAUUUCGUGCAGACCAGACAAGAUCCUGAGGGUCAUCAAGAGAUUUCUUGCGAUGCUGAUGAAGAGAUGAAUAUAAAUAAUGAAAGGACUAUUCCAGAACGGGGAGAAAAUCUGAAUCUUUUGCAAUCUAUCUGCACCAUCGAUUUUUGGUUGCUAUUUUUUGUUUCAGCAUGUGGUAUGGGCUCAGGACUAGCUACUGUUAAUAAUGUCAGCCAAAUAGGAGAAUCUUUUGGCUACUCCACUAUAGCAACAAGUACAUUAACUUCUUUGUGGAGCAUCUGGAAUUUCAUUGGGCGGUUUGGAUCUGGGUUUGUGUCUGAUUACUUUUUGCAUGCACAAGGUUGGUCAAGGCCACUGUUCAUAACCAUCACUCUAGCAACUAUGAGCAUUGGUCAUGCUGUGAUUGCUUCUGGUUUGCCUGGUGCUCUAUAUGCGGGUUUGGUUCUUGUUGGUAUCGGCUAUGGCUCACAGUGGUCACUGAUGCCUACAAUUGUUUCAGAGAUAUUUGGUCCAGCACAUAUGGGAGCAAUAUUUAACACUGUCAGUAUUGCAAAUCCUGUUGGAACUUAUAUUCUCUCAGUUAGAGUAGUUGGUUACAUCUAUGACAAAGAAGCGACAGGGAGUGACAACACUUGCAUUGGAACUCACUGCUUCAUGUUAUCGUUCCUUAUUAUGGCAUCAACUACUGUUCUGGCGUCUCUUGUUGGUUUAAUAUUAUUCUUUCGGACUAGAAACUUCUAUAGACAAGUUAUACUGAGAAGACUUUAUAUUCCCAUCAGGAAUCUGGAGUAAGAAUUGAUGUUCUUUGGCAUGUCAAGUUGAUGUCUCAAAUGAUCCAUCAUUUGGAUUUAGUGUCAUUGUUGCUGUCCACUGAUAAAAGGUACUGUGCCAGAUCUCCCUGGUUCAUCUAUAGACUAGAAAUUCACGUUUUCUGAGUUUGAGAAAAAUUUAGCAUCAUCCUUGAAAUAUUGGUGAUUAUAAAUUCAUAGACCCAAAAUUUUCACCAAGCAAUUAAGGGCAUUCCUGGGCACCUGUCUUUGAUGAGGUUGAAGUGCUCAUUCAUCGACAGAGCUCGGUUGCAGCAGCUACGCUGGGGCUGUUCUGCGUGCAUGAUCAGUUGAUGAUGCGAAUUUGUUCAAGGUGUACGUAUGUGCAUCAAUGAGGUAAACUGCUUCAAGAACCCUGGUUCCAUCUUCGAGCAAAAUUUGAAAGUCCCAAGUAGAAGCGGAUCUUUGCUAGUAUCAUAAAUGAAAUUGUGGGAUGGAUCAGAUGCAUUCUCUUUGAACUGAAUUUCGUCUUUGGUCCGAGACGAGAGGCAUCUAGAUGUUGGGGCAAUCCAAUGAUGAAUGAGUUGAUUUGGCAGUGCUUGAACAUUGCUUGCUGCAAAGUUUGCACGGGUUUCACUGGGAGAGCAGUAUAUUCGAUUGGAUAAGAUAAGCCUCUGCAUGGAAUGUUGCUAAGCUUGAACCAUCAUUGCAUGAUGAGCUUGAAAAUUGACUGUUUUGUCAUAUUUGCUAAGCUUAAACUAGCAUUUUAUUGUCAAAAAGCUGAAAUAACCUCAAAGUAAUUUUUCCUUUUAAUACCAUUA